AUGCCACUUCAGCAAGAAGCGAUCAUCGAAAUUUCCGACAUGGAGCAUUUAGAUCGGCUCAUUGAGCAGAAUAAAGAUACGGUCUUGAUUUUGGACUUCUUCGCCACCUGGUGCGGACCUUGCAAGGAAAUUGCACCGGUUUAUAAGGAACUCGCCGAGAAGUAUCGAAAUAUCAAGUUUUUGAAGAUUGAUAUCAAUGAGGCGGAGGACGUAUGCACAAAGUACGACGUCAAAUUGAUGCCCACAUUUGUUUUUCUCAAGAACGCCGAGCAAAUCGAUAUUCUCGAAGGCGGCUAUCCGGACGUUUUGCGCGAAAUGGUCGCGAAACACGCGAAUUAG